UAUAUUUUAAGAUGUUGACUCAGGAGUAGGAAUUUCCACAAGAUGCUCUGAUUAGUAUAUAAUCUCAACCAAGGAGGAGCUGAGCAGAGUCCAAACUCAGACUGCACAGCAGACAGCCUUUCCAAUCUUGGAGCAAAAAUUCUGAGGCACCAGUAGUGAAACCAGCAAAGAUGACUACAUCCACGACGAAACUCCAGGAGAGCUACAACCAGCAGGGCUUCCUCUCACCGCUGCCGGUGCUGAAUGAGACGGAGCUGAGGGAAGCCAGACAGGCCUUUUCUAAGCUGGAGGAGGAAUUUGGUGAAGACUACACUCAGUACAGCCUCCACAAUGUUCACCUUCAGUAUCCAUGGGUGAUGAAUCUGACCAAACACCCCCGUGUCCUGCAAGUGAUCCAAGCCAUCCUGGGCUCUGAUGUCAUCCUUCUGGAUUCUCGUUUCAUCUGUAAAUACCCUGUACUCAAACCAGCUGGGCAUGAAGAAAACAAAAAUGAAACUGAUGAGAAGGAUGGAGAAAAUAAACUUCCAUAUGUGGCCUGGCACCAGGAUAUGAGAUAUUGGGGAAUUGCUGGUGGUCCUGUUGUCUCAGUGUGGCUCGCUCUGGAUGACUCAGAAAAAGAAAACGGGGCCCUUCAGGUCAUCCCAGGCACUCACUGCUCUGGCAUGUUGCCUCAUCGCCAAGCCAUCCGCUCUGGAAACAUGCUGUCAGUCAACCAGGAGAUCCCAGAAGAGCUGGUGCAGAUGGAGGAAGCUGUGUUUUGCCCUCUGAGAGCUGGACAGAUGUCUAUUCAUGAUGGAUUUCUUGUCCAUGGAAGUGAUUCCAACACAUCCCAGAAGAGACGCUGUGGCUUUGUGAUCCGUUAUGUUCCCACCUGUGCAUAUCCCAUAGAGGAUCCUGAUCGACCCAGGAAAUUUCAGUCGACAGUGUUGGCUUGUGGGGUGGACCACUUCAACAAUUUCUCUAACAAAAGUACAUAAAUGAUUCCUGGGGUCCUGACAGUAUUUGCUUUUAUGCUUGGCAAGAAAAUUUGAGUUCAAUCAAAUGUGUGUUGUAUGUUUAUCAUGCCAAAUCUAUUUCUAUGCUAUGGUUUGUAGUACUUCUGGUGAUGAAUGUUUCUGUAUUUUUAUUUUUCUGUGUCUUUAUAUUUAAUGUGGACGAUCAGUUGCAAUACAGACAAAAGCACUUUUUCAUGACUUUUUAAAUAAAAUUUUGCAAUAACCUCACAAAACAAUUGUGCAUAUAAUUUCUGUUUUCAUUCUCU